AUGGACAGCGGGUCCAUGCCCUCGUCGGGCCCCUUGACCGAUGUCGGCGUUGACUUCUCCAACUAUACCCAGGCCUUCGACUUUCUGCAGGACAUCCUCGAUGACACCACGCUGCAGAUCACCGGCAAUCAAGCCGCCAGACGCUUUUGGUAUGGAAUCGCAGCGGUCGUCGGCAUGGCCACAUUAUGCAACAUCAUCCACCAGGCCACGGAACGAUUCCGACUCCGUGCUAGCGAGAAAGGGCAAGAACAGCCAGCUCGACCAUCGAUGUGGGCAAUGCAAUACAUCGCAACCGCCACGGCCAUGGUACGCGAAGUGUCCUACAUCCAACUCACACCCACCCGGACCGCCUGGGCCCGGAUCCCCAGCUUCGGAUCUAUCAUCCUGGUCGCCGCAUAUCUAGCCUUCAUUCUCAUCCUCGAGUUCGUCGACAACAACAUCCCCGGAGCCCAGCAUUACCAAGCCCUCAGCGUGCAAGCAGCGUGGCUCGCAGUGGCUCAGAUCCCACUGAUCGUGCUCCUGGCGGGCAAAAACAGCCUGAUCGGCGUCCUCUCUGGCACAUCAUACCAACGACUCAACCUCCUGCAUCGCUGGGUCGCGCGCGGGCUUCUCCUCCUCUCAACCUUCCACUUCGGCUUCGAAAGCUACGGUUGGAACGAAUACGGUCUGAUGCAGAUGGAAUGGACCACCGACUCGUGUCCCCCGACCGGCAUAGCCGCCUACGCCAUCCUCCUCUGGAUGAACCUGACCACCCUCGCCCCGAUCCGCUUUUACGCCUACAACCUCUUCGUCGCCCAGCAUAUCCUCACCUACUUCGGUCUCAUCAUCGCCAUCAUGAUGCACCUCCCCUCCACGGCCCUCUACUCCCGCGUUUACGUCUACAUCGCCAUCGCAUUCUAUCUCCUAGAACGACUGGUCCGCACCGCCCGCUACAUCGUCACCAACAUCUCCCCCGGCCGUGCAACCCUCGAAUCCCUCGGCCCCCGCGCCACUAAAAUUCACCUCACCAACCCCCGUCUCCGCCACUGGACACCAGGCUCGCACGUCCUCAUCUCCAUCCCCAAAUUCGGUCUCGCCCAAUCCCACCCCGCCACCAUCAUCUCCACCCCCAAAUCCCACGGCGGAGAGCUCCUCCUCAUCCUUAAGACCUGCCGCGGCUUCACCCACCGCCUCGCCCGCGCAGCCGCAGCCACAGUCACCACUACCCCCAACACAACAACCCAAAAGCCCGACCCCGAAUCUCCCCACCCCCAGAAAUCAUACCUCGCUCUCAUCGAGGGCCCCUACCCCCCCGCAUCACAGACAGACCUCGCCUGCUACGACACCCUCUUUCUCCUUGCCGGCGGCACAGGAAUAACAUACACCCUAUCGAUCCUCCUCGACAUCGCAAUGCGCUCCACCACCCGAAAACUCCCGCUACGAACCAUCCACUUCACCUGGAUAAUCAAGGACCGCACAUCUCUCCCCUGGAUCGACCAGGACCUCACAGACGCAUUAUCCGAUCUCGCGCGCGCCGGGAUAACCUGUUCCACGCACGCAUUCCUCACCUGCGAUAGCAACAACAAGAACAAGACAGAGAGUGAUGGCAACACGCCCCCCGGAUGCAAAUGCCCAGAUGGCUGUCGCUGCUGCGUCACAAACAAAGUGGAUGACGAAGUAGACAAAAUCACACCGGUUUACAGCACCCCUGGGACAGAAUCAAUGUCAGAAAAAGACCUGACGAUGCCGCCGUGGAACGGGGUUUGGUUUGAGCGGCCAGUUAUCGAUAGUUUGUUGUGGCCGGGUUUGUGUGCUGCAGAGGGAGAGACUGCGAUUGCGGUUAGUGGGCCGCUGAGGCUGUGCGCUGCGGUCAGGACGACGGUCGCGAGGAUUAGUGAUGAGCGUGCUGUGCAUAAGGGGUCGGGCGCGCAGGGUAUUUAUCUUCAUGUGGAGAAUUGUGAGUAG